AAUUCUGCAGUAAAUCUCACUUGUCCCACCUCCCUGCAGAGCUGUGGGAGCAACAAGUCAACGAAGGCAGCAGCCCAUGUAUGUCAGAAGAAACCCAGAGUGCCAUCCCUGAACACAAAAUGAUUGGAAAUCUGGCCUGUACCUUGGGAAGGCAAAUAGCUACUGUGGCUCCUAGGAUCAUCCAGGUGAGAAGAUCCCUGCAUGGAAUUCAUUUCAGAGUUUCAACUUCUGUGGAGGAAGCUCUGGCUGAUGGGAAACCAGUCGUCGCCUUGGAGAGCACCAUUAUUACACAUGGCAUGCCCUAUCCCCAGAAUCUGAGCACAGCCAGAGAGGUGGAGGAGAUUAUAAGGACAAAUGGGUCUGUACCUGCAACUGUGGGCAUUUUAAAUGGCAAGAUUCACAUCGGCCUCAAUGAUGAAGAACUUCAGUUUCUGGCAAAGAGCAAAAAUUUAGUUAAGGUAUCUCGGAGAGACCUUCCCUACGUUCUCAGCCAGGGUUUGUCUGGUGGUACCACUGUGUCAGGGACGAUGGUUGUGGCACACAAAGCAGGAAUCCCCGUGUUUGUGACAGGAGGGAUCGGAGGGGUCCAUCGCGAAGGAGAGAAGACAUUGGAUGUGAGUGCUGACUUGACUGAGCUAGGACGUACUCCGGUUGCUGUGGUUUCUGCAGGCAUUAAAUCUAUUCUGGAUAUUGGUAGGACGCUGGAAUAUCUGGAGACUCAGGGUGUCUGCGUGGCUGCCUUUGGAGAAUCAAGGGAAUUCCCUGCCUUCUUCUCCCGACAGAGUGGCUUCCAAGCACCGUGUCAGGUGCAAAAUGAGGAGGAGGCUGCCAAACUUAUUGCUAGCACCUUGGCACUGGGCCUGGGCAGUGGCGUGCUGAUUGCGGUGCCCUGCCCCAAGGAGGAAGCUGCUUCAGGAGAGGUCAUUGAAGAUGCCAUCCAACAAGCCCUGAGCAAAGCCCGGUGAGAAACACUUCAAACUUUGUUCUUAAUUCACUCCAUGGUUAUGACCAUGCCAGAGGUUGCAGGGCUUAUCCAUAAGCAGUCAACCCACAGCACAC